CCAUCACUGGCUGAGACUGUGAGCCCUGCCUCUUUUCUCAUUGGACUGGACAGCCUAUCCAAACUGUCAGCCCAUGUGGCGUGGCUGGGGAGAGCAUGUCAGACAUUUAAAUUAAAUAGAGAAAGGGAAUCAAAGAAGCGAGAGAAAUUGGAAGGGCUAGGCAGGGAACGGGAAGAGCUCACGAUUCCUCCCGAACAACUAGCACAGACACAUCACAGGCAAGCGCGCUCUCACCGACGGAAGAUAAGGGAUUAUCGAGGGAUUUUUUGCUAACGUUAACCGUUUCUUUGCUAAUAUUUCUCUGAUUUUGGUGGGUUCUACAGAUAUUAAAACACAUAAAUACAGUAGCCCUUUUAUUCCCAGGAUGGAGGAGAUUGUUGUUGCCGGGAUAUCGGGACGGCUUCCUGAGUCAAACAACCUCGAGGAAUUCUGGGAGAACCUCUUCAAUGGGGUUGACAUGGUAACAGAAGAUGACCGAAGGUGGAAGCCAGGUCUGUACGGUCUUCCAAAGAGGAACGGCAAGCUGAAGGACAUCAGUCGGUUCGAUGCUGCGUUCUUCGGGGUCCACCCCAAACAGGCCCACACCAUGGACCCCCAGCUACGCCUCAUGCUGGAGAUCGCCUACGAAGCCAUUGUAGACGGAGGUCUGAAUCCGACGGAGCUGCGUGGCAGCAGGACAGGCGUCUACAUCGGGGUGAGCGGCUCGGAGGCGGGCGAGGCUUUCAGCAGAGACCCUGAGGAGUUGCUAGGAUACAGCAUGACGGGCUGCCAGCGUGCCAUGUUCGCCAACCGACUCUCCUAUUUCUUUGACUUCAACGGCCCCAGCACAGCCAUCGACACCGCCUGCUCCUCCAGCCUACUCGCUCUGGAGAAUGCCUUCAACGCCAUUCGCCACGGCCACUGUGACGCCGCCCUGGUGGGCGGGGUCAACCUGCUGCUCAAGCCAAACACCUCUGUGCAGUUCAUGAAGCUGGGCAUGCUCAGUCCGGAAGGAACCUGCAAGUCCUUUGACUCCUCGGGGAACGGGUACUGCCGUUCAGAGGCUGCGGUGGCGGUACUGUUGACAAGACGUUCCAUGGCUAAGAGGGUUUAUGCCACGAUACUCAACGCUGGUAACAACACUGACGGAUACAAGGAGCAGGGUGUGACGUUCCCCUCGGGUGAGAUGCAGCAGCGGCUGGUACGUUCUCUCUACCAGGAGGUCAACAUCACACCUGACCAGGUGGAGUACAUUGAGGCCCACGGCACCGGGACCAAGGUCGGCGACCCGCAGGAAGUGAAUGGCAUUGUCAGUGUGUUCUGUCAUUCAAAGCGUGACCCACUGCUCAUUGGCUCCACCAAGUCCAACAUGGGCCAUCCAGAGCCUGCCUCUGGCCUGGCUGCGCUGGCCAAGGUUGUGUUGUCUCUGGAGCGAGGUGUGUGGGCUCCCAACAUCCACUACAACAGCCCCAACACCGACAUCCCUGCCCUUAGUGACGGCCGCCUCCGCGUCGUCAACGAGCCCAUACCAGUCCGCGGCGGUAUUGUUGGCAUCAACUCCUUCGGAUUUGGCGGCUCUAACGUUCACGUGAUCCUCCGCCCCCCUGGUUUCAACACACCAAAAAGCUUUAAAGUGCCCCCCAAGACCCCCUCUGUGUCCUCUCAAGUACCCAGGCUCCUCCAGGCCUGCGGCCGCACAGAGGAGGCUGUCUCCGCCCUCCUCAGCAAGGGGAAGGAACACUCGGGCGACGACAACUUCCUGUGUCUGCUGAACGAGGUGUCCGGGGUACCCACGGCAGGGAUGCCCUACAGGGGCUACACUCUGAUUGGCUCCAAGGAGGAUGUCACAGAGGUCCAGAAGACUGAGGCCACGCCCAGACCGUUGUGGUACAUUUGCUCAGGUAUGGGCACCCAGUGGGGUGGGAUGGGCCGCAGUCUGAUGCAGCUGCCAGAGUUCCGCGAGUCCAUCUUGCGUUCGGACAUAGCAUUGAAGGACACGGGGAUGUGUGUGUCCAGUCUGCUCAUGGAGGCAGACGAGAACACCUUCGAGGACACCGUCCAAGCCUUCGUAGGCCUUGCCGCCAUACAGAUCGCCCAGAUUGACCUGCUCCAGAAGCUGGGUCUGCAGCCGGACGGCAUUGUGGGCCACAGUGUGGGAGAGCUGGCCUGUGGCUACGCAGACGGAUCCCUCAGUCACAGUGAGGCUAUCCUGGCAGCCUACUGGAGAGGGAGGUCCAUCAAGGAGGCUAACCUGCCCCCCGGGGGCAUGGCUGCAGUCGGGCUGACAUGGGCAGAGUGUAAGGCUCAGUGUCCUCAGGGUGUGGUUCCAGCCUGUCACAAUGCUGAAGACACCGUCACCAUCUCUGGCCCUGCGGAGGCAGUGAGUAGGUUUGUAUUAGAGCUGAAGGAGAGUGGUGUGUUUGCCAAGGAGGUUCGUAGUGCUGGUGUAGCCUUCCAUUCUUACUACAUGGCCUCCAUCGCUCCCGCCCUGCUGGCCGCUCUCAAGAGGGUGAUCAAGGAGCCUAAGCAGAGGUCUGCCAGGUGGAUCAGUACAUCUAUCCCCCAGAAGGACUGGGACAGCCCGCUGGCUCUGUACUCCUCAGCAGAUUACCAUUGUAAUAACCUGGUCAGCCCUGUCCUCUUCCAGGAGGGCCUGAGCCUGGUGCCUGAUAACGCUGUGGUGGUAGAGAUAGCACCACAUGCACUGCUGCAGGCGAUCCUGAAGCGCAGCCUGAAGCCCACGUGUUCCAUCCUGCCCCUGAUGAGGAGAGGCCAUGCCAACAACUUGGAGUUCUUCCUCUCUCACAUUGGCAAGGUCUACAUGAACGGGAUCAACGUGGACAAUAAGCAGCUGUACCCAUGUGUGGAGUACCCGGUGCCUGUGGGCACCCCUCUGAUCUCCCCCCUGGUGCAGUGGGACCACACCCAGACCUGGGAUGUACCCAAGGCUGAGGACUUCCCUGCUGGUUCUGGAGGGUCCACCUCAGCUACCAUCUAUAACAUUGACAUGAACCCAGAGUCUCCAGACUACUAUAUGAUUGGCCACUGCAUCGACGGGCGUGUCCUGUACCCGGCGACGGGUUAUCUGGUACUGGCCUGGAGGACCCUGAUGAGGAGCCUCGGCGUUGUCAUGGAAACCACCCCUGUCACCUUCGAGGACGUCACCAUCCACAGGGCCACCAUCUUACCCAAGACCGGUUCAGUCCAGUUGGAGGUGCGUCUCAUGCCCGCCACCAGUCGAUUUGAGGUCUCUGAGAAUGGCAACCUGGCUGUCAGUGGCAAGGUGAGCAUUCUGGAGGACGCUGCUCUGGACUCAUUCCACUCUGAGAUUGGUAAGCCUGUCACCGGGGAUGAUGGUGACCCCAAACUGCGCCUGACAGCCCAUGACAUCUACAAGGAGCUCCGUCUCCGCGGUUACGACUACGGCAAGACUUUCCAGGGCAUCCUGGAGUCCAACAAUGCAGGUGACAGUGGGAAGCUGCAGUGGACUGGUAACUGGGUGACCUUCCUGGACACCAUGCUGCAGAUGAUCGUGGUUGGCCUAUCAGGACGCAGCCUUCGUCUGCCAACGCGGAUCCGCUCUGUGUGUGUCGACCCCACCGUCCACCAGGAGAGGGUCACUGAAUACGGAGAGGGUGAGAAAGCCGUGGUCGUCCAUGUCAACCGUUGCCUUGACAACAUUGUUGCGGGAGGAGUGCAGAUCUGUGGUCUCCACGCCACGGUGGCACCGCGUCGCCAACAGCAACAGAGCCCGCCCACCCUGGAGGAGUUUUUGUUUGUGCCCUACCUAGAGACAGAAUGCCUGUCAGCCAAUGAGAAGCUGGGAGACCAGCUCAAGAACUGCAAAGGUCUGAUCCACAAGCUGCAGAAGAAGCUGGCUCCUCAGGGCGUUAAGCUCUCCAUCCCUGGUCUAGGGGGGGUGUCUAGCCCUGCUGUCCCCAGCCCUGAGCCCGCUGAGCCUGGCUUGCUGCGGCUGCUGUCCCUGCUUUGUGGUCUAGAGCUGAACGGUAACCUGCGGUCAGAGCUGGAGCAGACUGUUGAGAAGGAGAGGGGUUGUCUCCUCCAGGACCCCCUGCUACAUGGCCUACUGGAUGGUCCAGCCCUCAGACACUGCCUGGACACAGCCCUGGAGAACACUACCCCCGGGAAGAUCAAAGUCCUGGAGGCCCUCUCCAACGACGGCCAUCUCUUCUCCCGUGCCGUGCCCCUCCUUAACAUCCAGCCCAUGCUCCGCCUCGACUACGUCGCCACUGCCACUACCCUCGACCUCCUGACCCCCCACCAGACCACCCUGGAUGCCAUGGGGGUCACCUCAGCCCAGUGGGACCCCCAGCAGGGCCCUGUGCCCGGGGGUGCAGUCGGUGGAGCCGACCUGGUGGUGUGUAACCACGCCUGGGGUCCCCUGGGAGCUGGGGCUGAGGUAGUGGUGGGGAACCUGGCCUCAGGGGCCAAGGAGGGGGGCUUUGUGAUGCUCCACACCCUGCUGAAGGGAGAGACGCUGGGGGAGAUGGUGGCAUUUCUCACCUACAAGGACAGCCAGAACAACCAGCAGAGACUGCUCUCCCAGACUGAGUGGGAGAAAGCCUUCUCUGAUGCGUCUCUCAACUUGGUGGCUGUCAGGAAGUCCUUUUAUGGCUCUGCCUUAUUCUUGUGUCGCCGUCGGUUACCCAGCAAACUGCCCAUCUUCCUGCCUGUGAACAGCAUGGACUACCAGUGGGUGGACACACUCAAGGCGACUUUGGCUGAGCCCUCAGACUCUCCGGUCUGGCUGACUGCUACCCAGGGCCACUCUGGGGUGGUGGGCAUGGUCAACUGUCUACGCCAGGAGCCCGGGGGCAGCCGCAUACGGUGUGCAUUUGUAUCCAACCUGUGUGAGUCUUCUGCGGCGCCCACCCUGCAGCCUGCCCAUAAUUCCAUGCGGUCUGUGCUGGAGGGAGACCUGUGUAUGAACGUGUUCAGGGAUGGACACUGGGGAGUGUUCAGACACCAGCUCAUCUCUCAGGAUCUGAGUGAGGAGUUGACAGAGCAGGCUUACGUUAACGUGUUGACCCGGGGUGACCUCUCCUCGCUGCGUUGGAUCGCCUCGCCCCUCCGCCAUUUUGUGGCGAGCAGCCCCCAUGUGCAGCUGUGUCGCGUCUACUACAGCUCCCUCAACUUCAGAGACAUCAUGCUGGCCACCGGAAAACUGCCACCGGAUGCCAUCCCAGGUGACCUGGCCCUACAGCAGUGCAUGUUGGGUAUGGAGUUCUCUGGUCGUGACCCCAGUGGUCGGCGUGUGAUGGGGCUGCUGCCUGCUAAAGGCCUGGCCACCUGCGUUGACGCUGACACACGCUUCCUCUGGGACAUCCCAGAUGGCUGGACCCUGGAGCAGGCAGCGUCGGUACCGGUGGUCUACGCCACAGCCUACUAUUCCCUGGUGGUCCGAGGCAGGCUCCGCCCAGGGGAGAGUGUUCUCAUCCACUCAGGGUCAGGGGGCGUCGGCCAGGCUGCCAUCGCCAUUGCACUCAGCCAGCGCUGUAGGGUCUUCACUACUGUUGGUUCAGCAGAGAAGCGUGCCUACCUACAGGAGCGUUUCCCCCAGCUCACCUCUGAGUCCUUUGCCAACUCUAGAGACGCCACCUUCGAACAGCACGUCCUGCUACACACACAGGGAAAAGGAGUGGAUAUGGUGUUGAACUCCCUGGCUGAGGAGAAGCUACAGGCCAGUCUUCGCUGUCUGGCUCGACACGGACGCUUCCUGGAGAUCGGCAAAUACGACCUGUCCAACAACUCCCCUCUGGGUAUGGCUGUCUUCCUGAAGAAUGUGGCGUUCCAUGGGAUCCUAUUGGACGCCCUGUUUGAGGAGGGGAACAGGGAGUGGGAGGAGGUGUCCCAGCUGCUGAAGGGGGGCAUUGUGGGAGGUGUAGUCAAGCCACUGAGGACUACGGUGUUUGAGAGAGACCAGGUGGAGGAGGCUUUCAGAUACAUGGCCCAGGGAAAACACAUCGGCAAAGUCCUGCUACAGGUGCGUUCAGAGGAGAAGGGUGGUGGUACUCAGGCGGUGGGCUCGCCCCUCUCCCUCCCCGCCAUCUGCCGUACCUUCUGCCCUGCUUCCCACUCUUAUAUCAUCACCGGGGGACUGGGCGGCUUCGGCUUGGAACUCGCUCAUUGGCUGACGGAGCGAGGCGCCCGCAAACUGGUGCUCACCUCCAGAUCGGGCAUCCGCAACGGUUACCAGGCGAAGCGCGUGCGUGAGUGGCAGGGGAUGGGUGUGCAGGUGCUGGUGUCCACCAGUGAUGUCAGCACCCAGGAGGGGGCGGAGCGACUCAUCAACGAGGCCUGCAGGCUGGGGCCUGUGGGAGGAGUCUUCCACCUCGCCAUGGUGUUGAAGGAUGGCAUGCUGGAAAAUCUGACUCCUCAGCUGUUCCUGGAUGUCAACAAACCCAAAUACAACGGAACCCUCCACCUGGACAGGGUGACCAGAAAGCUGUGUCCAGACCUCAGCUACUUUGUAGCCUUCUCCUCUGUGAGCUGCGGCCGCGGCAACGCCGGCCAGAGUAACUACGGUUACGCCAAUUCCGCCAUGGAGCGCGUGUGCGAGCAGCGACGCCACGACGGCCUGCCCGGAUUGGCCGUCCAGUGGGGCGCCAUCGGCGACGUGGGCGUUGUCCUGGAGACCAUGGGCGGCAACGACGUGGUGGUGGGUGGGACUCUCCCGCAGCGCAUCACUUCCUGUCUGGAGGUGCUGGACCGCUUCCUGUGCGAGCGGCGUCCGGUGAUGUCGAGCUUCGUGCUGGCAGAGAGGAGCGUGGUGAAGAGCGAAGGAACAGGACAGAGAGACUUGGUGGAGGCUGUCGCUCAUAUACUAGGUGUGCGUGAUGUCAGCAGCCUAAAUGCUGACGCCUCAUUGGCUGAUCUGGGUCUGGACUCUCUGAUGGGGGUGGAGGUGCGUCAGACACUGGAGCGCGAUUAUGACAUCGUCAUGGCAAUGAGGGAGAUCCGACAGCUCACCAUCAACAAGCUCCGAGAGCUGUCCAGCCAACCAGCGGGAACAGCAGAGUCCUGUCAGUCUCCAGUGAAGAAGGGAGGUGUGCGUUCUCUGUUGGAGUCGGACCUCAGUUUGAUGCUGGUCAACCCAGACGGUCCCACGGUCUCACGUCUCAAUGAGGUGCAGAGUGCUGAGCGCCCGCUGUUUCUGGUCCACCCUAUAGAGGGCUCCAUCGCUGCCUUCCACACACUCACCGCCAAGCUCAGUGUGCCCUGCUACGGCCUGCAGUGCACUAAAGCUGCUCCUUUGGACAGUAUACAGUCUCUGGCUACAUACUAUGUGGAGUGUAUACGUCAGGUGCAAUCGGAGGGUCCGUACCGGAUUGCCGGCUACUCCUUUGGGGCCUGCGUGGCGUUUGAGAUGUGUUCUCAGCUGCAGGCCCAGGGUAGAACCGUAGACUACCUCUUCCUCUUCGACGGAUCACACUCCUACGUCGCCGCUUACACACAGAGCUACAAAUCCAAGCUGACCCCUGGUAAAGAGUCUGAGGCAGAGACUGAAGCGCUGUGUGCUUUCAUCCAGCAGUUCACUGGCAUCGAGUACAACAAGUUGUUGGAGACCCUCCUCCCUCUGUCUGAUCUGAAGGCCCGUGUCAACAUGGCGGUGGACCUCAUCACCUCCAGCCAUAAGAACGUCAGUAAAGACUCCCUGCGGUUCGCUGCCGCCACCUUCUACUACAAACUCAAGGCUGCCGACGGUUACGUCCCGGCAACCAAAUACCACGGCAACGUCACCCUGCUCCGCGCCAAGGCCAGCAGCGACUACGGAGACAACCUGGGAGCUGACUACAAACUGAGUGAGGUGUGCGAUGGUAAGGUGUCGGUCCACGUCAUCGAGGGAGACCACCGCAGCUUCCUAGAAGGAGAGGGGGUGGAGUCUAUUAGUAGCAUCAUCCAUAGCUCAUUGGCCGAGCCACGCGUCAGUGCCCGGGAGGGUUAGACCAGUCCCGCCCUUCCCAGCCCUCUCCCCCAAUAGCACCAACUUCUUCUAUCCCAAAGCUCUUAGCUCGCUGCCACAGGGUAUGUUCCCAUGGGAACAAACAACGUGCUGUAUGUUUGUGCUCUACCAAUAAGGUCCUCGCUCUCUUUUAUUUGUAAUUUUUUUAAUUCUUGUGUCUUUAUCAUGUUUGGAAUGGUAGAAUAAAGUUAGAUGCUCAACUCUGUACUGGUAAUCAAUCCUGCUACAACUGUAAAUGUGCUGGCUCAACCCUAUAGCUAGCCUAGCAUGUGAGCCUGGCUGUGUUGCCCACUGACUGUAGCCUAGCCCAAGAUAACCUACCUAGCUGUUGUUAUGAUACUGUUCAACCCACCAGUCUGUUAAAGGGUGUUUCGUGAACUUGGUAAUAAAGGUGUGUGUGUGUGUGUGUGUGUGUGUGUGUGUGUGUGGACUCGGACCCUCUACCUAUGCACAUGCGUGCAUGUUUUAUCUUAUGCCAAACCCUAGCAGUGCCCUAAUGAUGCAGACUAUUCCACGUGUACAUAGCCUCCUGUCUCACCUGUCUAACACCUGUUCAAGCUCUGUACCUGUUACCAAGUGACAUUGGCUUAGGAGGAAACCAUUGUUACAUGGUUGUCUUUGUUUGGGGUUGUUUUGUAUAAAAGGGUUUGUUUACCAGCAUUGGUCAUAAGUUAUGAUCCCUAUUUUUGUUGAUUUCAAUGUUGUUUGCAGUGACUGUAGUAUUGUUACACUGAUCUUAAGGUAGGUUCACACAGAGAAAUGCAUUCGACUUCCCAACAUGAGAACUAAAGGGGUUACUGUAGCAACACGCAGGAAAAUGGCUAAAAGUAUCUGACUGACACCAUCUUUGAUAAAGUUAAUAACUUUUUAACUAUUCAGCUGUUUACUGGAAAUAAGACUCCCUGUAUCUGUCUUUCCAUUUAAGAACUGAAAUACUUUUUGAAAACAACAGUAUUCUUCUAGGUUCAGAUCUGGGUGUGUUGCCUUUCCUGUGUGAGUACACCUUUUAAGAGGACUGAUUGGAUAUCUACAGGUCACAUUUCUAUGAUCUUGGCUUCCUUGACAAAAAAGUCAUUUAAAUUGCUGCUGUUUUAAAAAUGUAUGCUGUUCUAUGUAACUGGCUACAAUGGAUUACUAAUCAUACAAUUAACCUUGUUUUUAAUUUCCUUCAAUGUUCCUUCAAAACGUUCUAACAUUCCUGAAAUAUUGUUACAUAAGACUAAUGUUUUGAAUAUUACUGCUGUCCACAUGCAAUGCUUCAAAACGCUUUGGCACUUGUUUGAAAGGAUAUAGACAAAUGAUGUUUCAUUGCUAUGGCACCACCCAAAUACUGUUAUGUGAAAUCUAUGGUGUUCAGGAGGGCACAAUGGAGUAAAAGGCUUUGCAAACUAAAAUGAGGGUUCUUUAUUGGAUAAAUUCAGCUCGUAUCUUCGUGUUCCGAAACAUUUUCUCCCAUUUAGUGCCCACUGAAUACGAUCCGAUUCACUGUCUCACUGAAAAAGUAGUAGUUUGUCCAAGCUUCCAUUUUGUUAGAUGAUGUCAUGUCAGAAUUUAGGUGCCGUUGGGUGUGGAAUCAUUGACCUGAAGAACGGCCUUGUUGAGGAGUAGGUAGAAUUUACCUCUAACCACUGGUCCAGGAACAUAUAUUUUACUGUCCACCUAAUGGUUCAUGUUUGGACUGUGAGCAGGAUAAUCUGAUCCUAGAACUGUGGUUACGAGGCAACUAUCUACCUUUAGCUGUUUUUGACUCCCGUGACCUUUGCUGACCCCUGAAGGUCCUUCAAGAUCAGGGGUCCAAUCGCAGAAUGCAACAGACUGACCUGACCUCUGAGACUUCUAAUCAGGUCUAUGAAGAGUCAGGUGGCUUUAAUUUGAGCAUGGUGAUUGGCUGCAGUUAAAAGGAGGGAAUUGACAAUGUGUUCCUUUUCUAGUUUGUUUUUCCCAGUAUUUAUUGUAUUAGUCCAAAUAAAGAGCUAUCACUAACAUCCUG